GAAACGGUUUGAAAAUGCUUAUGAAGCGGGCUUUGAAAUUUAAGGACCCAUUGUUAAUGAAGAUGAUCAGGAAUAUUUCACAACAUGAUGGGCCAACAAAAAGCCUGUUUAUUGACUAUGUUGGUGAUUUAGCAGCUCAAGUAUCAAAUGAUGAAGAAGAGGAAUUUGUCAUUGAAUGCCUGGGAACACUUGCAAAUUUGACCUUACCAGAUCUGGACUGGGAACUUGUGCUGAAGAAGUACAAGCUGGUUCCCUACCUCAAGGAUAAACUCAAACCAGGUUCUGCAGAAGAUGACCUCAUUUUAGAAGUGGUGAUAAUGAUUGGAACAGUUUCUAUGGAUGACUCUUGUGCUGCUCUGCUGGCUAAAUCUGGAAUCAUUCCUGCGCUCAUUGAGCUUCUGAAUGGGAUAGGUGUUUUGUAUAUGAGAGGAGCAAUUACUGAAGAUGAUGAGUUUGUCUGCCAGAUCAUCUAUGUAUUUUAUCAGAUGGUCUUCCACCAGGCCACCAGAGAUGUCAUUAUCAAGGAAACUCAGGCUCCAGCAUAUCUUAUAGACCUGAUGCACGAUAAAAAUGCUGAGAUUUGCAAAGUUUGUGACAACACUCUGGAUAUUAUAGCGGAAUAUGAUGAGGAAUGGGCUAAAAAAAUCCAGAGCGAGAAAUUUCGAUGGCACAACUCUCAGUGGCUGGAGAUGGUGGAGAGUCGGCAGAUGGAUGACAGCGAGCAGUAUCUGUAUGGUGACGAUCCUAUUGAGCCCUACAUCCAUGAAGGGGAUAUUCUGGAAAGACCUGACCUCUACUACAAUGCAGAUGGCUUAGUAGCCCCCGAUGGGGCAGUGAGUCCAGAUUUCUUCAGUGAUUACCAUCUUCAGAACGGGGACCUUGUUGGGCAGCAUCCCUUCUCUAGCAG